AUGAAAACCGUUACAGUUGCUCUCUCUUUAGCCUUAGUCUUGUUGGCUUCUGCGGAAGAUCACAAAAGCUAUCAUGAAAUCAAGCAGCAUAGGACGAUAUACGUGACCAAGGAAGAAAAAGUUCCGUACCCGGUCAAGGUCGAAAAGGAAGAGAAGUACCCGGUCCACGUCCACGUCGAUCAUCCAGUGCCUUACGAAGUAGAAAAGCCUGUUCCUUACACCGUUGAGAAGAAAGUCCCCGUGGAAGUCAAAGUGUACGUCCCAGAACCGUACCCCGUCGAGAAAAUCGUCCGUGUUCCGGUCAAAGUCGAAGUACCUCACCCAGUGCCUUACAAAGUCGAGAAACCAGUGCCCUAUGAAGUAGUCAAGGAGGUCAAAGUUCCCGAGUACAAAGAAGUCCCCGUACCAGUGAAAGUCUACUACGACGUCCCCAAACCUUAUGACGUGCCGGUCACCGUCGAGAAAAAAGUGCCCUAUUACGUCGAGAAGAAAGUACCCGUUGAAGUCAAAGUCCCGGUCGAGAAGCCAUACAAAGUCGAAGUGCCCAAGCCUUAUGAAGUGAUNUCUGGGACGUACACUUUGACUUCCACGGGGACUUUCUUCUCAACGGUUGGAAUGAGCAAAAAUGAUGUAAUCUGUAAUAUAAAAGCUAAGGGGAUUUUGUACGGUGUAUCAGUCCAGAUCGAGAUGAAGUCGGUUACAGUUGCUUUCUCUUUAGCUUUAGUCUUGUUGGCUUCUGCGGAAGAUCACAAAAGCUAUCAUGAAAUCAAGCAGCAUAGGACGAUAUACGUGACCAAGGAAGAAAAAGUUCCGUACCCGGUCAAGGUCGAAAAGGAAGAGAAGUACCCGGUCCACGUCCACGUCGAUCAUCCAGUGCCUUACGAAGUAGAAAAGCCUGUUCCUUACACCGUUGAGAAGAAAGUCCCCGUGGAAGUCAAAGUGUACGUCCCAGAACCGUACCCCGUCGAGAAAAUCGUCCGUGUUCCGGUCAAAGUCGAAGUACCUCACCCAGUGCCUUACAAAGUCGAGAAACCAGUGCCCUAUGAAGUAGUCAAGGAGGUCAAAGUUCCCGAGUACAAAGAAGUCCCCGUACCAGUGAAAGUCUACUACGACGUCCCCAAACCUUAUGACGUGCCGGUCACCGUCGAGAAAAAAGUGCCCUAUUACGUCGAGAAGAAAGUACCCGUUGAAGUCAAAGUCCCGGUCGAGAAGCCAUACAAAGUCGAAGUGCCCAAGCCUUAUGAAGUGAUCGUCGAAAAACCUUAUCCAGUCACCGUAGAGAAAAAAGUCCCAGUCUACGUCAAAGUUCCAGAAUACUACAGAGUCUACAAGCCCGUCCACGUUGAAUCUCACAAAGAAGAAAAAGACGAUCACGUAGAACUUAAAUACAAUGAAAAAUCACACAGAAUUGAGCAAACGAUAAGCGGUUCGAAAAUUAAGGAAAUAGCAGAUCUCAUCUGUGGUGAUAAACCCUUGAAUAUUAAUGGUUCACAGCGGUGGUUCACUCGUUUGGUUUUAAAUCAUGGAGAUCACAUCGGAUCGGACGAUAGGACAUGCUCGUCGCUCUGCUUGCAGCCAGGAAGCCGGGCUUUAAAAGCUGAGGAUAAUCAAUAA